GUGGCCAGACGGGGCCUCGCGGCUGCCUCGUGGGGCAAAAGUGAGCAGGCAGAGCCCCAGGCGAUCAUGGAAGGCAGCUGCCACCACCAGCAGCAGGACGCGGUGGAAGCGUGGCUGGACGAUCACGGAGACUUUACCUGCUCUUACUUUGUUCGAAAGGCCACCAGAGAGAUGGUCAAUGCAUGGUUUUCUGAGAGAGUUCAUACUAUUCCAGUGUGCAAAGAAGGGACCAAACAUCACAGUGAAGCUUGUUCUUGUUCCAUACGGACUGAAAGCACUAAUUCCACACCACCAACUAGGAAGAUAUCAGCUUCUGAAUUUGACAGACCUCUUAGGCCCAUUGUUAUCAAAGAUUCUGUUGGAACAGUGAGCUUCUUGUCAGAUACUGAAAAGAAGGAACAGAUGCCUCUCCAAUCUCGGACACUUGGAACCAAGGCAGGUGAUCAAUGCUCAAGACUCUUAGAAUUGGUGAAGGAUAUUUCUAGUCACCUGGAUGUCACAGCCCUUUGUCAUAAAAUUUUCUUGCACAUCAAUGAACUCAUAGCUGCCGAUCGGUAUUCCCUAUUUCUGGUCUGCGAAGACAGUUCCAAUGAGAAGUUUCUUAUCAGCCGACUCUUUGAUGUUGCAGAAGGUUCUACCUUGGAAGAAGCUUCAAACAACUGCAUCCGCUUGGAAUGGAACAAGGGAAUUGUAGGCCACGUGGCAGCCUUUGGCCAGCCUUUGAAUAUCAAGAAUGCCUAUGAGGAUCCCCGAUUCAAUGCUGAAGUGGACCAAAUCACAGGCUAUAAAACACGAAGCAUUCUUUGUAUGCCAAUAAAGAACCAUAGAGAAGAGGUGGUUGGUGUGGCACAAGCAAUCAACAAAAAAUCUGGUGGUGGAGCAACAUUCACUGAGCAAGAUGAGAAGGAUUUUGCUGCUUACUUGGCAUUUUGUGGAAUUGUUCUUCACAAUGCUCAGCUCUAUGAGACUUCCCUUCUUGAAAACAGACGCAAUCAGGUACUUCUUGAUCUUGCCAGUUUAAUAUUUGAGGAACAGCAAUCAUUAGAAGUCAUUUUGAAGAAGAUAGCUGCCACUAUAAUUUCCUUCAUGCAAGUGCAAAAGUGCACCAUUUUCAUAGUGGAUGAAGACUGUUCAGAUUCAUUUUCCAGUGUUUUUCACAUGGAAUAUGAAGAAAUAGAAGAUUCCAGUGAGACCCACAAAAGAGACAAUGAUACAAACCAAAUUAAUUAUAUGUAUGCCCAGUAUGUCAAGAAUACUAUGGAGCCUCUUAAUAUUCCACAUGUACGCCAAGACAAAAGAUUUCCUUGGGCAAAUGAAUGUUCUGACUGUACAAAUCAGCACAUUGAAAGCUUGCUCUGCACGCCUAUAAAAAAUGGAAAGAAGAAUAAAGUGAUAGGAGUUUGUCAACUUGCAAACAAGAUGGAAGAAAACUCAGGCAAAAUAAAAGCUUUCAAUAGAAAUGAUGAACAGUUUUUGGAAGCUUUUGUCAUAUUCUGUGGCUUAGGGAUCCAGAACACCCAGAUGUAUGAAACUGUGGAAAGAGCCAUGGCAAAGCAAAUGGUGACAUUAGAGGUGCUGUCCUACCAUGCAUCAGCUGCUGAAGAAGAAACAAGGGAGCUUCAGGCUGCUGUUGUACCGUCUGCACAAUCUCUCAGGCUCACUGACUUUUACUUCAGUGACUUUGAGCUGUCAGAUAUGGAGACUUCUCUAUGCACAAUCCGGAUGUUUACUGACCUUAACCUUGUACAAAAUUUCCAAAUAAAACAUGAGGUCCUUUGCAGAUGGAUUUUAAGUGUGAGGAAAAAUUAUCGGAAAAAUGUUACUUAUCACAACUGGAGACAUGCUUUUAAUACAGCCCAAUGCAUGUUUGCUGCUUUAAAGACAGGAAAAAUUCAGAACAAACUUACUGAUGUUGAGGUACUUUCUUUGCUGAUUGCAGCUCUGAGCCAUGAUUUAGAUCACAGGGGGGUGAAUAAUUCUUACAUUCAGAGAAGUGAACACCCUCUUGCACAGCUUUAUUGCCACUCAAUAAUGGAACAUCAUCAUUUUGAUCAGUGCCUGAUGAUCCUAAACACACCGGGCAAUCAGAUUCUCAGUGCUCUUUCUGUUGAAGAAUACAAGGCAACAUUGAAAAUCAUCAAGCAAGCUAUUCUUGCCACAGAUUUAGCACUAUACAUAAAAAGAAGAGGAGAGUUUUUUGACCUUCUGAGGAAUAAUCAGUUUAACCUACAAGACCUUUAUCAAAAGGAAUUAUUUUUAGCAAUGCUGAUGACUGCAUGUGACUUAUCGGCAAUAACAAAACCAUGGCCAGUUCAGCAGCGGAUUGCUGAACUUGUAGCUGCAGAAUUUUUUGACCAAGGAGAUAAAGAAAGAAAAGAACUUAACAUUGAACCCACAGAUUUAAUGAACAGAGAAAAGAAAAACAAAAUUCCCAGCAUGCAAGUUGGAUUUAUUGAUGCUAUCUGCUUACAGCUUUAUGAGGCAUUAACCUACAUAUCGGAAGCCUGUUACCCUUUGCUUGAGGGCUGCAGGAAGAACCGGCAGAAAUGGCAAGCUUUAGCUGAAGAGCAGGAAAAUAACUUGAUCAUUGGAGAAAGCAAUCAGCCCAAACGGAACUGAAAUAGACAUUCAUUAGGACAUUUGGUUUACAAAUAAGAUAUUUAUAUAUAAUAAUGUUUUAUUAGACACUGUGUGAAAUAUGUGCAUAAUUUGCCACUGCUGUAUUUUAAAUAACAAGAAAUGUAUAUUUUUGCACAGCACUCAAGAACACAAUAUGAAUUAUUUUUAUGUAGUCUGAUGUAUCAUUUCCAAUCGAUCUGCAACUAGCAGAUCUAAUUAGCCUUGGUCAUUUAGAUAGUGGUAUGGAAGUGGACAGUUUUUAGGACUGCUUCAGAAAAUUCUUGGUACUGAGUUGUAUAUAGUUAUUUAAUUUUGGUCAAUGGCCAGUACUUUAAAAAAAAUACUGUAUGUGGCACUUUCUGGUUUAUUUUUUUUUAUAUAGUGCCUCUUCUUAAAUGUAAAUAAUGAAAAAAUAGUGUUGCAUUUGAAAGCUAGAAGUUACCAGAGAAACAAGUGGGUAGCAUUUGCUUGGUGUGGGAGAGGAACAGAGCACUGAAUUAAUAUUGCUUGUUCUAAGAAAUCUGUUUUUUUCAGGGUGAGGCAUGUUGAGCUCAAAUACAAGUCUCAAGGGAAUAUGCUGCAUCUGUGACUUUUCCUGUCAUGGGAAUGCUUGAGUUUUACUCAUUAUGUUGCAGCAGCUGAGGAAGAUCUGCAAGUGAAAUUGUCCAGAGUUCCUUAAUAAUAAUGAAAUGUUUAAGAAAUAUAUAAUUAAAAUAGAACUACUUAAAACUAUAAGAGUACUUAAGUUGUGAAAAAGCUGGAAACGGGGCAUGUAGACAGAAAGAAAAAAAAAAGAUGAAAAUGAACUUCAGUGUAUUAGAAUCAACAUACGAUCCUGUUUAAAAUAUUAAAUACUAAAUAGAGAAACCCAUGAAAUCAAUAGGCUACACUUUGAAAAAGCCAGGGUUCAUUUUAAAAUGGAAUAAUUGCUUUGGGUAUCAUAAAACAGUACCAACAACAUCAGAAAGUCAUAGCCAGUGCUACUUAAAAAUAGCUUCAUUUUUUUUUUAAGGAGUGGCUUUUCAAAUGAAAGAAUGCUCUAGAAUUUCAUAAGACUGAAUUUCAUGAAGCACAAUCAGAGUUUGUAAACAAUAUGGAAUUGCCAAAAGCAUUUAAGAAACUGUCAAAAGUAACUUCAAAGAAAGUUAAAGAAUGCUACAACAGGGAAUGGCCUAGAUAAAACAAAUCCUGCUGGCAGUCAAAAACAAUGUCCAGGAUUACCAGCUGUCAGACAAAAAGAGGACAUGUCCUUUUUGUCCUUAUGUCCUCUGGCUGGAUGACAUAGCUUUAAAAUCAAAUAUUGUCCAGGUUGGUUUUUUUUUUUUUUUUUGAGUAUGUAACAAGCUUCCUCUCUUUUCUCAAUGUUGCAGCAUUUUCCUAAUGCUAAAUGCAAGUGAACAAGGUCAGCUCCAUGACCUUAAUUAGCACCUUCCCUCCGUUCUAUGCAACUGCCUCAAACUGACAAGACCUUAAUCAGUUACAGGUCGUCUUCAACUGACAACCACAACUGGGAUUUCAAUUUCUGUCACUAAGCAAUGUGAGGGUUAAGUGAAUCAUGCCACAUUUUACAGUCUUUUUUGCCACACUUGCUGAAUGAAUCACACGCCCAUUGGUUUUGCUUGUCAGAAGCCCCCCGGGAUGGUUGCAAAUGAUGACCAUGUGACUUUGAGAUGCUGCAACUUUCAUCAAUACAUGACCAGCUGCCAGCUAAGCACCCAAAUUUUCAUCAUUUGGCCAUGGGGGAUGCUGUGAUGGACAUAAAUAUAAGGACUUGUCAUAAAUCGUUUUU